GUGCAAUAGCCUGAGUACUCUGCUUCUUCUAACCCGUCAUGUCCCUUGUAACCCGCUGGUUCUCAAAGAGUGGUUCAGAGAACUACGAGGAAGUUCUCUCUGCACUUGCAGCAGAUGUUGCACGACGACAGACACGUCUAGCAGAGAUCCGACUCCGUGAGCGGCGGACAACACUCCAGUUCACGUUUGGAACGCUCUCUCUAUGGAUCUCAUUUGUAUACUUGUGGUAUGCGCGUAUGCUUCCUGCAGCGUGGCAUGACUCGCUGCUAGCGAAAUUAGCAGUCCUAGUGGGACCUGUAAUAAUAUUAUUUACACGACGAAUGAUGCAGAUAUGGUAUUCGUGGAAAGGCGGACGCGAAGAAAAAACCCUCAGAGUUGUCACUCAAAAGCAACGAGCCAAAGUUGAAGAAAUUAAGAAAAAGACCAACUAUGACUCAACACGGAGCCUGCUUGAGAAAUACGCUGAUCCUGGUACCCCGAUACGGCGUACGCAACUUCCUUCACAGCCCCAUACACCGCUGCCCGCAAACCCACAGGCACACCUACAAACACCAGUCCGACAAAGGAAUCUACCUCUACAGCUUUCGCCAACGCCACAGCCAAUUCAGCCGACCCGUAAGCGGUGCGUGGCUGCCUCGCGCUACGCAUUGAUUUGCCAGAAGUGCUUCUCACACAAUGGGCUCGUUAAGGAAAGCGUCUGGGAGGACACCCAGUACGUAUGCCCGAAGUGUGGCUUCCUUAAUCCUUCUGCUAGAACGAAGAGAUUGAGACUUCAACGCACGCCGUCGCCACCCGCCAAUGUGGAUACAGACCCGAUCGUAUCACCGCAACCUGCCUCCAUGGAGGGUGUGGAAUCGACCGCAUCGUCUGUCGACAUGGUGCCUGAGAAGACAGGGUGAAUCCAGUCGCGAGAGGUAGUUGGCCGUACAUGAGGUAAUACAAAUGCAGACAGAGCACUGUUCGUUUCGAUGAUCUGAUAAGCCUUGAGGACUUUCGCUUGGUUUUUAGCUAUAGCAUUAUCAUCACUAUCACCAGUAAGUAGUUACAGUUGACCUCGCUUUGGUCCAUCACACCCCUUUCGAAUUCAUAUAAUGUAGCAUCGGUUACCAAGUAGUAGUUCGACUUGCAAGUUGCAACAAGAAUUGGAUUCAAUUCUAUCGCGUUACUGUUGUACCGAAGCAACUGCCUCCUGACAAUCCUUGUAACUAUGGAUAUCGUGGAAGUCUUCAGCAUAGCAUUAAUAUGCCUUAUGAUCAGACCUUAGUAUGAAGCCGUUGUUGUUUAUGUAUCAAGUACCAGGACUUGGCCAGGACUC